AUGUGUAAAUCAGCUUUCCCCAAUCUGAGGACACUAAGAUCUGCCAUCAUCCCCUACCAGUAUGACUUGAGUGGAGGGUAUGGAAAGUAUUGGAUUACAGCUGGAGAAUACAAAGGUUUGAAAGCAGAUGGAGGUCACGUGGAAAGCAUGGUGAAAGAGGCAUCCAGGUAUCUCUUCAGUGCUACAUAGCAAAGGUUUUAUUUCAAGUCUGUAAAAGUUAUGGUUCCCUUCACAUGGAUACCGAAAAAAGAAUACAAAAAACCAACCAUAGAAACCUAUGAAAAUGCUGAUGUCAUAGUAGCUGGUUCUAAUUGGGAACAUGGCGAUAACCCAUACACCUUGCAGUAUGGAACCUGUGGGAUUCCAGGACGAUACAUUCAUUUCACACCAAACUUCCUGACUGAUGACAAUUUGAUUGCUGUUUAUGGACCACGAGGCCGAGUCUUUGUCCAUGAGUGGGCUCAUCUGAGAUGGGGAGUCUUUGAUGAAUACAAUAAAGAUGUACCUUUCUAUACUGCUGGAAAAAAGAAGGUUGAAGCAACAAGAUUCUGUGACAAGACUAAUCAUAAUAUCAAAGACACAAAUAUGCAGAACAAAAUCUGCGGUUGCAGGAGUACUUGGGAAGUAAUUAUGAAUUCUACGGACUUUGUGGGAUCAUCGCAAAUCACUUCUCCACCUAACCCCACAAUUUCUGUGAUGCAAACACAGAACUGAGUUUUGGCUUUAGUGCUUGAUGUUUCUGAAACUAUGAAUGAGCAUAAUCGUAUUAGUCGACUGAAGCAGGCUGCAACUCUGUUCCUUGAACAGCAUAUUGAAACUGGCUCCUGGGUUGGAAUUACAACAUUUGAAAGCAGCACACAAAUUAAGGCUUCUUUACAUCAUAUUGUCAGUGAUAAAGUGUGCCAAGGUCUGACAAAAUUUUUGCCUACCACAGCCAGCAGAGAAUCAAGCGUUUGUGCUGGAAUAAGUGAAGGAAUUAAGAUGUUUAAAACUGUUGCAUUGAAAGGCUAUGAGAUUGUGCUCUUGACAAGUGGAAAUAACACAGCUAUCAGCUCUUGUCUGACUGACAUUAAAAACAGUGGCUCUAUAAUUCACACCAUUUCUCUGGGAUUAAAUGUUGUAGAAGAAUUAGAUACAUUGCUGGGAGAUUGGACUUACAUGCUUCAUAAUGCCUAUCCAAAGGCUCAAACCUUAUCAGUCAUAGUAACCAGCCAAGCAGCAUCAGCAACCGUGCCUCCAUUGAAUCGCCACCGCGUUGUGAAGCUCUAUUCAAAUACAGACAACAGUGUUUUUCCCAGUCCAGUGAUUAUUUAUGCAGAACUCAGUCAAGGAUUUUUGCCUCUCGUUGGUGCAAAUGUCAUAGCCAUAAUCAAAUCAAGCUCGGGAACAGAAGAGUUAGAACUCUGGGACAAUGGAUCUUGUGCAGAUAUUAUCAAGCAUGAUGGAAUCUACUCCAGGUAUUUCAUUUCAUUCAAAGAGAAUGGUAAAUACAGUAUAAAAGUACGUGCCCAAAGGAAAUAUAAGACAGCCCGACAGCCUGAGAGAGAAUCUAGCUUUCUAUAUUCCAGGCUGUCAGUGCUGGAGGACCUGGUGGUAAGCAUAGGAACUGAGAUGGUGUCCCUGUCACUAAGCAUGGCCACUAUGCAAGUGUCCAUUGAAAAGGUAUUGCAGAAAUUGGAGGAACUGGCUGUGGAGCAACAGCAAGGGAGCUCCAUGACAGUCUCAGAUGGCGGAGACAGGAGCUCAGGAAGCAGAGCAAGUGACAAGGGCAAAGAGCCCAUGGGCCCAGCGAUCCCAGCAGAAAGGCCAUACCAUGGUGUGAGACCCCGGACUGCCCAACCAGAGAGGAAGCCAGCAGGAGUCAGAGAGAUAAAGGUUAAAUUUGACAGUGACCCCAAACAGCUAGCUUGUUUCCUAAACCACGUCAAGGGGUUUAUGGAGGAAUUUGCAGAAUCAUUUGCCAAUGAAAAAGCGAAGGUGAGAUACGUGUUGGCUUACCUAGAAGGGGAGGCGGCAGACUGGGUAGUCGAGAUGCAAGACACUAGGGCCCUGGAGCUGUUGGACCGAUGA